GGUCAGUAGACUGACUUUAUGCUGUUUCUGUUUCAGGGGGAACCGUUCAGGGUCUGAUAACGGACGUCAUGGGAAAGCGAUCCCCAGUGUUGGCGUUAAGUCUGGCGCUAGCCAUGGUCUCCCUUGUGGGGUACAGCCAUUCACCAAAUGACAAGGCCGCCAACGCCGCCCUGCUGGCCAUCACCGGCUUCUUCAUCGGAGGUCCGUCCAACAUGAUCAGCUCGGCCAUAUCAGCUGAUCUGGGGAGACAGGACGCCGUUCGGGGAAGUCGAGAGGCUCUGGCUACAGUCACGGGCAUUGUGGACGGGACAGGAAGUAUAGGAGCUGCCGGUGGACAAUACUUGGUGUCCCUCAUUGAGAGCAAGCUGGGCUGGCUGUCUGUCUUCUACUUCUUCGUCAUCAUGACAGGGGGCAGCGUUGUCUUCAUUGCUCCCUUGGUCCUGAAAGAUGUGGGUGCCAUGUGGAGAGAGCGACAGGCACUGCACCACCAGCUGUGAGACAAUUAUCUUGUUUUGUGUCCUCCGUGGCAUCGCUACAACACUACUUUUAAGAAAAAAGAGCUAUGUGGGCAAGAGUUUUUGUUUAAACUUGUGUUUAAAGGCUGCAGUCAGCUGCGACAAAAGGACCCAGUCUUAGUAUGUACAUAUUUUAAAAUGGCUGUAAAAAGCUACAAAGGCACUGUCGUGUAACCUAAUUCCGGGUUGCACAUGAAUGGGAUGGGUUACUGUAAAUACUGUAGAUAACACACUAAGAUUUAGUGUUUUCUAAUCUGUCAUUCAUUAGAAUGCUUUUAUUACUGCUUAGACUUUACCCUUCAUUCCAACUUUCUCAUAGUACAACAUAAUGCUUUUGUCUUUGAGUCUUAAAUCACAUGUUUACUGUCAGUCGGCCAGUAAUCAGCUGCCAUUAGGAGCGCGGUUAUCUUACUGGUCGUGGGGGGGUUGAAAUGAUACUUAAGUAGAAUGUAAAAGUCAAGGAAUGUGUAACAAUCUGUACUUUUUAAGGCAUAUUUUAUUUUUAUUUAUAUGUACAUUCGCACAUGUUAAUGUAGCAUUUUGUUUUUAAUAAAUUGUGGUUCAAUUUUGCAAAAGGAA